AAAACAAAAUGGCCAACUUUUACAUCUGUACACUACUGCUUCUCCUCUCACAAGUAACAACAGUCUUCCUCCAGAAUGCGACGUCAGAUCCAUACAGACUGCCAACGACGUUGUCUCCAACGCACUACGAGGUCCAUCUCAACAUCUCAUCCGACUCAUUCACUGCUACUGGAACUGCCUACGCAGGAUCGGUCGUCAUCCAAUUCCAAGCCUUGGAGAACACCACAGAAAUAGCCCUACAUUCCAGCUACAAUUUUAUUACGUUAACGGAGAUCCAACUCAACAAUGAGAUAAUAGAAGAAGAGAAUUAUUCCGUUAAUUCAACCACCGACAUACUGACGAUUUCUUACGAUACAGGCUUGUCGAUAGGAAGGAGUUACGCCCUGUUGAUCAACUUCGAGGGCCGGCUGAGUACCUCUGACAUGUACGGGUGGUACAAGAGUAGCUAUGAGGAUGCUGACGGGGUUACUAAGUACUUGGCGACGACUCAGUUCCAAUCGACUUACGCCAGAAGGGCUUUUCCUUGUUGGGAUGAGCCUGCGUUUAAAGCCACUUUUACCAUUUUGCUCACUUUUCCUGACGAGCUGAACGCUCUUUCCAACACACCUGGGACUUCCCGCAUUAAUGAUACGGAAAAUGGCCUAACCACCGUCCAGUUCGACAUAUCGCCCAUAAUGUCCACCUACCUAGUGGCAUUCAUAGUGUCAGAUUUCACAUGUACUUCUGGUGAAAGCAUAGGCGACACUCCUUACCAAGUUUGCUCCAGAGAAGAAACUGCCGAUAUAAGAGAUUGGUCAGUCGAAGUUGGACCGAAAAUAUUAACAGCCUUCAACACGUAUACAAACUACGAUUACGGUUCGGUAAUGGCCAAGAUGGACCAAGUGGCUAUUCCAGAUUUUGCAGCUGGUGCUAUGGAGAACUGGGGACUUAUUACCUACAGAGAAACAGGCUUGUUAUGGGAUCCCGAAGAAUCAGCCACCAGCUACAAACAAUCAAUUGCUGCAGUUAUUGCCCACGAAAUCACUCACAUGUGGUUUGGGAACUUAGUGACUUGCAACUGGUGGUCAGAAACGUUCUUAAAUGAAGGAUUUGCCAGAUUAUUGCAAUACUCCAUCUUACACGAGGUUCUUCCAGACUGGGAAUUGAAGAAACAAUUUGUGAUACUUGUGCUGCAAACUGUUAUGGAGACUGACUCGUACUUAACCGCUCAAGCAUUGCAGUCAGAUGCUUCUACUCCUUCCGAAGUAUCUGCAAAAUUUGGAACCAUAACGUACAGUAAAGGCGCCAGUGUUAUCCGCAUGGUUGAAAAUGCAAUGGGCGCUGACAAGUUCCAAGAAGGAAUCCGCAACUAUCUCGUAGAUUUUGCAUUCCAAACCACUCUUCCAGAGGACCUGUGGUCUUCACUAAGUGAAACCCUUAAUGACACCGUCACAAACUUACCAUCAGGCACCGACUUAAACACAGUCAUGGCAAACUGGGUUCAAAGAUCAGGCUAUCCACUUGUUACUGUGACCGUUAGUAACAGAACUGUUACUAUUUCUCAGGAAAGAUUUUUGUUAUCUGGUACAGAUAGGACUUCAAAAUGGUACGUUCCAAUUACAUUUACCACCUCUGCAGAUGUUAAUGGGUUCGAAACUACUGCCCCGGAAGGUUGGCUGACUCCGGAUGAGGAUCUGACAAUCCUCCUUCCAGAAGAUGCCGAGUGGCUGAUAUUAAACAACUACGAAAUAGGUUAUUACAGAGUCAACUACGAUCUCGACACGUGGACCAGUAUCGCCGAAGCUCUUUCCAGUGAAAAUUAUUCCGGGAUACCAGACGUAAACAGAGCUCAAAUCGUCGAUGACGUGUUCAAUUUGGCUAAAACAGACAAGAUAUCUUAUUCUAAAUUGUUCGAGAUUGUCCAAUUCUUGAAAAACGACGAUUCGUAUUUCCCCUGGUAUCCCGCCUUUACAGGCUUUAACUAUCUGCUCGGACGUCUCGGACGAGACUCCGUUAUAGGGCAAGCGAUCUCGGCACACAUCUCGGAUUUGAUGUACAACUUACAGGAGUCAGUACCUAUGUCUGUCUUAAAUGAAACAGAUCACAUUUACACUCUGAAGCAAGUAUUGGCAAUCAACUGGGCAUGCAGUCUAGGUAUUGAAGAUUGUGUUAGUUCUGUCAAGGAAGCUUUCAAUGAAUACAAAGUCAACAAUGUCAGUCCCAACAAGAACCUAAAGAGCAUCGUCUACUGUAACGGUCUUAGACACAGCGAAGAUCCUACCGACUGGGCCUUCUUGUGGCAAACUUAUUUGAAUACUGAACUUGCGACAGAAAGGGCAGUUCUGAUCACUGCCUUGGGGUGCACCACUGACACAGAAACCUUGAAAAAUUAUCUCCUUCUAUCGAUAAAUGCAACGUCUGGAAUAAAAUCUCAAGACGCCUACUCUGUAUUUGCUGCCGUAUACGCAAAUGCCUUAGGAGUGGACGUAGCUUUCGAUUUUCUCAUAGAAUAUUAUGAAGAAAUUGAUGAUUACUACCAAAGCAUGAAUUCUUUGGCGAAUAUUAUGUCUGGUAUAGCAGCACGUUUUACCAACGCGCAACAAAUCACAAAGUUGGAAAAUUUCAUCGCAUCUGGAGACCUAAGCGAAUCCUUCCUAGCCGCCGCUACCACGGCGCUCGAGUCCGCGAAAACCAACAUAGAAUGGAUAGAAGAGUACAAACUUGACUUCUACCAAUACUACGGUAUCGAAGAAGAGGUCGAAGUUGACGAAAACGAGAGCUCGGAACCCGAAUACAGACUGUCCAAGAUUUUCCAACCAUCACACUACGAAGUCCACCUUAACACGUCAAGGGAAGCAUACACUGAAUCUGGUACCAGCUUCGUUGGUACAGCUGUCAUCUAUUUCACUGUCACCACCAGCACAGCGAGGAUUUUGCUCCACGCCAGCAGCGAGAAUCUUGAGAUUUCCAGCAUUCAGUUGAACAACGAGUACAUCGACAGUGAAGACUACUUCGUCAACAGCACCACCGAUAUCCUAAGGAUUAAUUACGCUAGCGGGUUGAGAGCUAAUACCCAGUACGCUUUGGCCAUCGAGUACACUGGUACCUUCGGAAGCAACUACAGGGGAUUCUAUAAAAGCAGUUACACUAUAGAUGGUGAGACUAGGUACCUACUAACGACACAGUUUGAGCCUACGCAUGCCAGGAGGGCCUUCCCUUGCUUUGACGAACCACACUUUAAAGCUACCUUCCAAAUACUCAUCACGUACCCAUCAGAGUACACUGCGUGGUCCAACACUCUAGGGGAAUCCGUCUUAACAGAUUCAGAGAACAACUUCACAACGUACCAAUUCGAAAAGUCACCUGUCAUGUCCACCUACCUCGUGGCUUUCGUCAUAUCAGAUUUCACAUGUACUGCUGGUGAACCAGCGGGAGAUGCCCCUUACCAAGUAUGUUCCAGAGACGACGAGGCGGAUAACCGUGCUUUCGCUGUAGAAAUCGGAUCGAAGAUGUUAGACAGCUUGAGUGAAUUUACCGGAUACAAUUACUCUUCCGCCAUUGGUAAGAUGGACCAGUUUGCUAUUCCAGAUUUCGCUUCUGGUGCUAUGGAGAACUGGGGAUUAGUCACUUACAGAGAAUACUACUUGCUUUGGGAUCCAUUAGAAUCAACAAAUCUUUACAAACAAUACGUAGCUACAAUUAUCGCUCACGAAUUCGGACAUCAGUGGUUCGGCAACUUAGUAACCUGCAGUUGGUGGUCCGAAAUUUUCUUGAACGAAGGUUUUGCAACUUACACCGAAUUCUUCACAGCCCAUGAUGUACUACCGGACUGGCAAUUGGACAAACAUUUUGUCGUUCGAGUUCACCAGGUCGUUCUUACAACUGACUCUUAUUUAAGUUCCCAGGCACUUCAAUCCGUCGCUUCAACUCCAACCCAGAUCAGUAACAAAUUCGGAACAAUAAGUUACUCUAAAGGUGGCAGCAUUCUUCGAAUGGUAGAACACUUUCUGGGUACUGAAAGCUUUAGAGCUGGAAUUAACACUUAUUUAGAAACCUACAAGUUUACCGCUACCAAACCAGAAGAUCUGUGGUGGGCAUUUAGUCAACAUAUUGACGACAGUAUUUCUAAGCUUCCAGCUGACUUAGAGACUAUCAUGGAGAACUGGAUAAAGAAAUCAGGUUUUCCAAUCCUACGAGUCGAACGAGAUGGUGACAAUGUCGUUAUUACUCAGGAACGUUUCUUACUUACCGAAGAAGACACAACAUCCGCAUGGUAUGUACCUGUCAGCUACACAACUUCUGUAGACGAAAACAAGUUCGAGAGUACGGCCCCUGCUGGAUGGCUGACACCAAAUUCUAGUCUGACAAUUGCCCUACCAACUGGAGCCGAGUGGAUAAUUCUGAACAACCUUGAAACAGCUUUCUACAGAGUGAACUACACUGCAGAGCUUUGGAGCGCUUUAGCAGCGGCUCUUUUAGAAGAUGAUUUCUCUGGAAUUCCCGAAUUGAACAGGGCACAGAUAACCGACGACGUGUUGGAAUACGCCAAAUACGACAAGAUGACUUACACCCAAGCCUUUACCAUCAUCGAAUUCUUGGAAAAGGACGAUUCAUACUUCAGUUGGUAUGCAGUGAACACGGAAUUGAGUACCGUUUUUGAAAACGUUGGGUUGCACACACGCUUGGGUCAAGUCAUGCAGAAUCAUAUAGUUGGUCUUAUCGACAAGCUAUACAACUCUGCCCCCGCCUCAGCUAUAAGCGAAGAUGAUCAGCUGUACACUCUGAGGCAAAUACUCGCCACUAACCUGGCCUGCAAACUCCACCAUCAAGUAUGUUUAGCGGAUCUAAAGCAGCACUUCACUCUCUUCAAGGAAAAUGGAACUCUCCCACCCAAAAACAUAAGGAGCUCCGUCUACUGUAACGGUCUUAGAAGCGAAGGUAAUAGGGAGGAAUGGGACCACAUACUGGAGCAGUACGUAGCAGCAGAUGAUUCAACUAACAAGGCAAACUUCCUUACAGCUCUGGGUUGCAUAACGGACAAAGAAAUCCUGACAGAAUUCCUCACCAUGUCUGUGACUAAUGGUUCAGACAUAAGGUCACAAGACACUGCAUCCGUUUUCGCUGCUGUCUAUGCAAAUCCUAGUGGUGUUGAUGUAGCUUUCAAUUUCUUCAAGGAAAAUCAGCAGGCCAUCUAUGAUCGUUUAGGGAGUUUGACAUCAGCAGGAAAUCUUUUGAACAAUAUAGCAGCUAGGUUUAGAACUGAGGCAGAAGUUGAAGAGCUAACCAGUUUCGUUACAUCCGGAGAAAUUCUGGAAGACUUAGUAACUGCUGGAAACACCGCUAUUGCCACAGCUCAAGAAAAAGUAGACUGGGUGAACACCUACAAAGAAGACUUCUACACGUAUUACGGCUUGGGCGAUGAAACUACCGACGAAACCACUGUUCCUGUCCCAGGUACCACUCCCGGACCAACCCCAGAACCAACCCCUGAACCAACCGAAGAACCAACCCCCGAACCAACCACUACAGAGGCGCCGACGACUCCUGGUGGUGCUAUGGCCGUCAGCUCAUCGUUGCUCUUGACUGUAAUUGUUGUUUUUGUAAAUAAAUAUUAUUUUAAUUAGGAUGUAAAUGUAGUGAAUGGUUAAUGCCAUAAAUGGUGGCAUUCUGACAGUGGAGAACAAUUCAUAUUUAUUUUUAUAAAAAAAUGGUUCAAUAAAAUAAUCUUUACUCAA